AUGUCUGCCGCUUCAGAUUAUCCGGAGAUCGUGCCGAAGAGUGCAUCUGAGGCUAAAGGAAUAGACUUUUGUGGUACUAAACACAGCUGCUAUAUUAUCCGAUCUGAUGUGGGUGUCUACAUGAGGUGCGAAGAUAUUCACGCUGGAAAAGAUAUCAAGAUUCACCGUCUAAGUGAGGCCUGUAGAUGGGGCGAUCACUACUUGGCCACUGACUCUUAUUUCUACAUCAUUAAAGGAGAUGAGUACCGCAGAGUUACCAACCUGAGUAAAGACGAUGACGCUGUGGUUUACUCUCUUCAUUGCAACUGUCGCGGAGGAAGCAGCUACUACUCUGCCUUUGGUUAUUGGUACAUCGUGUUUGCCAACAGAGGCACCUACAGACGAGUGAGUAACAUGAACAAAGACGAAGACGCCGUUGAAUAUAAAAUCCAUCAAGCGUUCCAAGAUGGCAUCUAUUUCUGGGGUAACAAUAAUUACGUCUACUGUCUGAAGCAGGCUGGAGAAAGGGGUGUCACUUAUCACAGAAGCACCAAUAUGAACUUGAACAAAUAUUGCGGCGACUUCAGCGUUCACGAGUCAGUGCUCAAGUUUAUCCCUGGUGGUAUAGCGCACACCCAUGGAAAAGUGUUCGGGUAUUGGAAAGAUGUAAAAUGUCUUCAAAACGACUCCGACACUGCCAUUGAAUGGGGAAAACCCAUCAAGAAAACCGUUGGAUUUGACAGGAGCACAAUGUCCUCCAUAGAGUUCGAAUGGUCCAUCGAGAUGGGAAUAAGCGAAGAAGUAGGAAUCAAAGCCCAAGUUUCAGAAUUGAUUGAAGCUCUCUGUAAAGUUCAGUAUAGCCUCAAAGAGAGGUUUGGGGGAAAGUUGGUCAACACAGAGCAGUUCGAGUGGAGUGACACCACUAAAGAAGACGAAAACGUUAAGCUGAAAAUUCCACCGAACACCAAGCUGUACGUUUGGCAGUUUCAAAUGGGCUUUGGAAAGAAGGAGAACCUCUUCAGCUAUGACACUGCGAUCACAUACGGUAAAACACCAUCUGAGGAAACAUUAGAGUAUUUCAUGCAUUAAGCGUCAUCCUGAGUCGGGCUGAAUCGGCGCCUGUUUAAAAGUGUGACACAAACGAACCUUAGUAAGAACUGUGAGUGCUUAAGUUUUCUCUGAGUAGACAUAAGUGUGUUAUGAAAUUUCUUAUCUUUUUCAUUUAAUCGUUGAGCAGUAGACAAUAAGUUUUUUGGAGAAUCAAUUAAUAUACUGCAUUAAGUACAACAAAAGCAAACAUUUUUCUGUUCACUAAAGUCGAUCAAUUUUUUCGGUUUCUGAAUGUGUCAUUUACGCCUUAAUCAUUAUAUGCUGUGCUAGUUUGAGAAGCAACAAACCCCAUUUCAAGUAUGAGACAAGUCAAUUAUAGUCUGUUAACUAAUGUCGAUCAAUUUUCAGUAUAUUCUAGUGAACUAAUGAGAGGUAACCACGAAAUUAAACAGACAUGAGUGUGUUUUCCUAAGGGUGUCAUGUACUCCUAGAAUAAUAUAUGCCGCGCGUACAUGUUCAAAAGGUUACCAUUACUGCUGUGAAGCGUAAGACAAGUGAACUUUUGUUGAAACCCGAACAUAAGUUAAUGUGUUAUAUGUUAAAUUGAACAUAAGUGCAUACAUUUUUGAAUUUCUUGGUUACCCUCCAUUAGUCCACUAUAGUAUCCUACACCUGUUUAAAAAGAUAUUAAAGUGCAGUUAAGUGUGAGACAUGCAAUUGUUCCAAGGUCAGAAUUGUUACUAAUCGAUUUUACUUUGAGUGAAUAUGAGUGUGUUUUGAGUGGCACUAUGAUACUAUUAGGGAAAAAAUGUUGAACUGGCAGUAUAAAGAUGCUCUAACUAGGAAAAAAAUCACGCGGAUGUAUGCUUUCGUAACUCUAACUGAUUGUAACAAACCCUGAGGACUGAUUAAAACUGUAACACAAACUAAAAGUUUUGAUGACUGAAGUGUUUCUGAGCGAGAUUGAAAAUAUCCAGAGUGGAAAAAUGUGAGCGCAAAACCUCUGUUGUUCUCUACAAAGCGUUGGUUCGUGUUCGUGGAAUACUUCAAUUAUUUCCUUGUUGACAAUUAAAAGAAAAAUGUUUGAAAUUCCUUUGCAUAGUUGUUAUGUUAGAAUACUAUCUUGUCAAAGGGAACUUUAUGUGCCACUGCGAUGAAUAAUCAUCCCGUUUUUCUCAUGUAGCAUAUAUUAAAUUUUGUGGCGCUGCAAUCAUUAUUAAAACCUCAAAUACUUUCCUUUGGAUAUUUAGCUUCCUUUUCCUGUCCCCUUUUCAUGAAGGGAAAUGUUUACACGAGCUGUGAGGCUAUGAGAGCGGAAGAUUUAAGAGUUUGCUAUUUUCAUUUUGUCAUAAAGUUAUUGUACUUUAUGAGGUGACGAAAUUGGUUGGUGCGGACGAGUUAAUUUAUUAGGUCCGAUUUUGCAUGUAGUGUAGAAGGAAACAAGAAGCUUCAUGGAGCCUAAAUUCUGGCCGGUUUUGCGGUUCAGAGAGAAUGAACUGAAGGCCUUGCGGUUUUUAGCAAACUCGCUGUUAAGUGCUGUUCAUUGUUUACUUAACAUGGAGAGUUAUGGAGAUUACAACUUUUAACCAAGUUGAUGCCAUGACAAAUUGGAAAUACUAAAGUCGCUACAUAAAAUACGGGCACAACCGAAAGUACCGCGGCAAAGUCAACAGAAAAGGACUAAGUCACUUUGUGACUUAGCUUGAGUCACGGAGAAAUCCAGAAUUAUGGUAACCAUCCAACUCCGCAGAAUAAUAAACGCAUACCUCGGGCGUUCUACAAAACCAGUUUUAAAUAGAAUCCUGCGUUUAUCAAAUUUCCGGUUGCAAAAUUCAUCAAAUUUCAACGCUGCGAUUCAAAUCUUUCUCUGGUUGCACGAGCCAAAUUACCCUAUUUUCUAUUCCUAUGUCAAGUUUCGCCUCCUAGUCGCUCAAUUAAUAUUUGUACUUGAACGUGAUGAUCUUUAUUUACAAGGUUUUCUCCCGCCUAUAUCUGAUAACAAACCUCUGAAGUUUUCCGCCACGGAACGAUAUACCACAGAAGGCAUUAUAUGAAACGCAAGUUUCUCGACUGAUUGAAAUUAAAGAUAUGUGGUAGUGACUUGCAUAAGUUUUUUUUGUCAGAAAAACCUUUGUCUUGUGAACAAUGGAAACCCUUUCCUUCAAACAAUAGAUAAGAACAUAAAAUGAGCUGAAGCUUGACUUAUUGUCCAGCCAAAAUCCGAACCAAAGUUUGAUAUGCAUCAUUUUCUCUUUGACUAUUGAUACUGAGGAGUUAUCAAAUUGUAUCACAAACAAAUAGUUUUUCUACUAUAGUUAUUUUAAGCGAGAGUAAAACAUACAGACCAAUGCGGAAAAAUUCUAAAAGUCAAAACUCAGUCACUCCGCACUGUAUAUCUAUAAAUGUUUAUCGCUUUUGAUUACAGGAAAAAAAUUUAUUCGGAACUAGCUUUAAUUCACUGACUGUUUGAAUUGUUGCCAAGUUCUAGACAUCUGAUUAGUUUGAUUAACAUCCGUCAGUACAAACUUGCAACAAUUUUUCCUGGCUCUUGUAAAUCAUCUGGAAUCUGUUUUGAAGAAGCUGACAGCAAAAACGUUUUUAAGUGGAGUGUACUAGCCUCUUUCAAUUGACAAGAAUGAUUUCAUAGGCAGUUUUAGACGCCAAUAGACAGCUACAAUUUGAUAGAUGAGAUGGCAUCAUGAAAAAGGCGAUUGUAUCACGUUAGCGAUGUAUCAUGAAGUAGUCAUCUUUUUAACACGGCAAUUGAUGCAUGCUUUACGUCGAUGAAUCGUUGUAAAAGAUAUUGAGGAAUGAUUAAAGAGUAUCACAAACAAACCGGUGUUUGGAAUGUGGUGAUUCCGAGGGAGAGUAAAACUGCCCAGUGCGAAAAAUUAUCUUCCCAAAUGUUCCCAAAUGGCCCAUUCGACGUGAUGGUAAAUGUAUACUUAACACCGCUCACGCAAAUAUUGCCCUAUUCUAUUUCCCCUCCCUCCAUUAACGAUCAAGCGAGAAUCGAAGUCAACGUCUAUUAAAGCUCGGUCUUUUUGCUUUAUUUUUCUUCUUUGCAGAUACUCAAGAAGAAACGUUAUUUCAGCUGCAACUACUGAGUGAAAAAUAUGUCCGCCGCUUCAGAUUAUCCGGAGAUCGUGCCAAAGAGUGCACCUGAGGCCAGAGGAAUAGACUUUUGUGGUACUAAAAAAACCUUCUACAUCAUCCGUUCCGAUGUGGGUGUCUACAUGAGUUGCGAAGAUAUUCACACUGGAAAACGUAUCAAGAUUCACCGUUUAAGUGAGGCCUGUAGAUGGGGCGAUCAUUACUUGGCCACUAACUCUUAUUUCUACAUCAUUAAAGGAGAUGAGUAUCGCAGAGUUACCGACCUGAGUAAAGACGAUGACGCUGUGGUUUACUCUCUUCAUUGCAACUGUCGCGGAGGAAGCGGCUACUACUCUGCCUUUGGUAAUUGGUACAUCGUGUUUGCCAAGAGAGGCACCUACAGACGAGUGAGUAACAUGAACAAAGAUGAAGACGCCGUUGAAUAUAAAAUCCACCAAGCGUUCCAAGAUGGCAUCUAUUUCUGGGGUACCAAGAAUUACGUCUACUGUCUGGAGCAGGCUGGAAAAUGGGGUGUCACCUAUCACAGAAGCACCAACAUGAACUUGAACAAAGAUUGCAAAGACUUCAGCGUUCACGAGUCAGUGCUCAAGUUCCUCCCUGGUGGUAUGGCGCAAACCUAUGGAAAAGUGUUCGGGUAUUGGAAAGAAGUAAAAUGUCUUCAAAACGACUCCAACACUGCCAUUGAAUGGGAAAAAAACAUCAAGAAAACCGUUGGAUUUGACAGGAGCACAAUGUCCUCCAUAGAGUCUGAAUGGUCCAUCGAGACGACAAGAAGCGAAGAAAAGGAGAUUACAGCCCAAGUUUCAGAUUUGAUUAAGGGUCUCUGUAAAGUUCAGUAUGGCCUCAGGGAGACGUUUGGUGGAAAGAUGGUCAACACAGAGCAGUUCAAGUGGAGUGACACCACUGAAAUAGAAGAAACCCUUAAGGUGAAAAUCCCACCGAAUACCAAGCUGUACGUUUGGCAGUUUCAAAUGGGCUUUGGAGAGAAGAAUAACCUCUUCAGUCUUGACACUGCGAUCACAUACGAUGAAACACCACCUGAGAAACGAUUAGAGUACUUUAAGCAUUAG